GCCAAACUCGGCCCCCCUACGAUUACUAAACUAUUCCCCAUAUAAAAAACACCCCCUCCGAUACUAAGGCGCAGUAAUUUUUCCGAGUUUGUCCAAACAAAGGACAGAGAGAAAGUUCAACUUUAUUUGCUUAUUGAAUUUUUCGUGAAAGAGAAUUAUUUUUUUUUGUAGUGUUGUAUUAAAGUUACUUUCUGAUAUUUUUGAAAGUAUUCGUGUUUUUUAUUGUUAGUAAUAAUGGGGUGUGCUAGUAGUGCACCCCUGGUCGAGUCGGGUAAAAAGUUCGUGGAAGGAGUGAAGGAGACGACCAAUGAGACUAUUUCAAAGGGAGAACAAGCAAUAAGUGAUACGACAGAAGCUGUAAAAGAUGGAAUUGCCAGUGGCGUAGAUACAGUCAAAGAAACAGUACAGACUGCAAUAAAUACGGCGGAAGACACUGUAGGAUCCGUAACGCAGAAGAUUGGAGAUGUGUUCCACGUCACUUCGUCUAAAGCAGCUGAAGCUGUAGAAGAUACCAAAAAUCAUAUAAGCUCUUCCAAAGACGACGCUGUGGCUUCAGCUUCAGAAGCACUGUCAGACGCCGAAACUGUUCUGGUAUCAGAAAGUGAUCAUGCCAGAGAGGCCUUCCAGUCCGGCACAUCGCCAUUUUUCGAAACAGUCCGAUCCAUAGAAGAUGACCUUGACGGAGCCAUCAAGGACAUCGACUCCAAAAAGGAAGAAGCCUUGGACAGCUUAAGGAACAAAAUGGACGAUAUAGGCGAUACCAUCGACAACAAGGUAACGCAAGGUACGGAAGUGUUGGAAGAUAUCGAAAACCACACCAUGGAAUCCAUGGAAUUCAUGGGCGAGAACGUGGAGAAACUCCACGCGAAAAUGGAAGAGCUAAAAGAGCACAAAGAGGAUAAGGGGGAAGCCGACGGCACGGACAAGGAGGAGCCACCGCCGACGUUUUGGGAAGCUGCCGCGGACGCAAUCCUCCUGAAAAAAACUUUGAAAGGUUUCGAAACGGCUGCCUACGAUCAAGAACGAAUAUUUUUCCCCCAACAUACGGAAAAAUGCGAUCAACAAUUCAACGAAAAAUGGCCGCACGAAAACGAUCUAAUCAUCGAAAAUACGGACAACGUCGAGCACUAAAAAAUAACUUAAUUCUUAGAUUUAAGCUCUAUAUUAUAA